AUGCUUUCAAAUACUAUGUUAUAUUCUCUGCUUGCUUUCGCAGGCGUCGCAGUAUCCGCAAAGUCCUGCCGGUGUCUCCCCUCAGACUCUUGCUGGCCUUCCCAAGCUGAAUGGCAAAGUUUGAACCAGACAGCCAAUGGCCACGUACAUGCUCUAAGGCCCUUGGCAGCUGUCUGCCAUGGGUCUGGGUAUAAUUACACCGCAUGCAAUAUCGCUAAGAGAAACGAGAAUGACGAACUUUGGAGAUCCAAUCAGCCAGGUGCCGUGGAUUGGCCAAACUGGGAGGCGUGGCCUGCUCAAAACCAGUCAUGCUACAUCGACUCGAAGAAAACAAUGCCGUGUGGACAAGGCCGGAUAUCGCGAUACACCCUCCAGGCCGAGUCGGUGGAGGAUAUUCAGGCUGGCGUGCGUUUUGCCAGCAUGUAUAACCUGCGCGUGGCUAUUAAGAAUACUGGCCAUAACCAUGCUGGCCGAUCUGUUGCUCCGGAGUCGCUGCAGAUCAACACCCACUUGAUGACCAAUAUGACAAAGCACACAAACUUCAAGCCUGCCGGCUAUGAUGGUGAAGAUGGAGGGGUGGGUCUUGCAGCAACCCUUGGCGCCGGUGUUCAGUUGUAUGAUAUGUACAGGUGGUUGGGCGAGAAUGAUAUCAUAGCCGUCGGUGGGUCCGCAGCCGGCGUGGGUGUCACUGGAGGAUACAUCCAGGGAGGAGGUCAUUCUCUGCUUGCUGGUAUCCAUGGCAUGGCCUCUGAUAAUGCUUUGGAAUUCAAUGUGGUUGUUGCAAAUGGGAGCCACUUGACUGCCAACGCUUACCAGAACGCAGACCUCUUCUGGGCGCUCCGGGGAGGAGGCGGCGGAACUUGGGGCGUUGUCACCUCCGUGACUGUGCGGGCCUUCGAGGACAAACCGAUCGUGAGCUUCUCCAUUUCCGGCGGAGCGCAAUUCCAGUCAGAGGAGUACUGGAAAGCAGUCGAGUAUUUCCACGCCUUCCUGCCCGAGUUCAACGAGGCCGGUGGUAGUAUGUACUACUGGCUGAUCCCUGACUAUCCCGAUUCCACGGCUGGCCAGAUCUCUGCGAUCACCGCCGAAGGUGGCUUCGGUAACGCGACCAGCAAGGCGGCCGUCGACAAGAUCAUGCAACCAUUCAUAUACGCACUUGGAAAUAUGACUGGCUCGGCCUUUAACUACACAUCGACCUAUGUCCCGAAGGCAACGUCAAUGUACAUCGAAUUAACCGAGAGCACCAGUGGAGUCGGCUCACCCGUCAUCCUUGGUUCGCGUCUGGUGACACGCGACUUCAUGAAGUCAGCCGAAGGACCAGGAAAGGUCACAGAGGCUCUUCGAAGUCUGCGCGUGUAUCCAGGAAAUACAACUGUGGGUGAAAAUGCUAUCCAGGGUCUCGUUGUCGCUGGACCCGCCGUGUGGGCCAACGCCGGUGUUGUCAACAGUGCGUUGCAUCCUAUCUGGCGUCAAGCACAGGUCCAUCUCAUCAUUGCGCGUGGGUGGGACACCGACACAUCAUUCGCUGAACAGCAGAAGAUCCAUCGAAAUUUGACUGAGGUCGAGGUUCCGAUUCUUAAGAAGCUGGAUCCCGCACCGGAGGGUGGCUGCUAUCUCAAUGAGGCCGACGGCUAUGAGGAAGACUUCCAAGACAGCUUCUGGGGCUCCAAUUACCCGCUUCUCUAUGAUGUCAAACAGAAAUGGGACCCUGAGAAUCUUUUCAUUGUUCGGACUGGUGUUGGCAGUGAGGAUUGGGAUGCUGAAGCUUUGUGUCCUGUAUGA